GAUUUUAACGCAAAAGAGAAAGAACAACGAGAGCGCGUGGUGUCGGUGUAGGAAACAAUAUAUAUGAUUCUCGAUUACAUCACUCCUUCUGUCGAAGCCCCACGAGCAAGACUCUGAGCUUUCCCUGGACGCGAACCUGAGGAGCUUCGAUGGACCAACCUCGCAAACAUCAGGUAUCACUAAGAGGAGCAAGUGCUAGGGAGAUUGCGAGGGAUGCCCUUUUAGAGAAGGUCUCCCAGGAAAGAGAACUUCGUAGCUAUGCCAGGCGAGCCAAUGCUGCUGCUAUCUUUAUUCAGAAAGUCUGGAGGCGCUAUAACGAGACCAAAAAGGUGGCCUUGCAAAUGGAAGAAGAAUGGGAAAUCUUAGUGAAUAGUCAAGCUGGUUUAAUGACGGCAACCUGGAUAUCUAUUACUAUUUUACGGCCUUUUCUUUUUUUUAUUACCUGUUUAUCAAUCAGGCACCAGAAGAUCCGAACAAAAGAUGUUAACAAUAUGAAGAGUUGCUUUCAGAUUCUUUUGGAAAGCAUGAAGUCCUGUGAUACCACAAAGAACUUUUGCUCCCUGCCAUUGGGUACAAAUGAAGAAAGGGGACUGUGGACUUAUCAAGCACAGAAGUUGAUUUCUCUAUCCUCAUAUGUCCUUGAAGAGUGUGAGAAAUCUUGUCAAGGGGAUCAAAGUGUUGUCUUUCUUGCCUCUCUGGCUAUGCGUCUUCUUGUUGUCUUAACCGAUCUGAAGAGUUGGAAGAGUGUUACUAAUGACAAUCUUCAGGAUGCAGAUGAAGCAGUGAAGAAAUUAAUAUGGUUUAUGGGAAGUUGUAAAAGCCGCCUUUACAUAUCUAUUAGAAGAUAUAUUAGUAACUUGGAUGUUUCUUUUUCUUCACAGACAAACAGUACAGUUCUGACUGAUGAUAAAUUCUUGAUUACUGCAAGUGCAAUAACUCUGGCUUUAAGGCCAUUUCAUGCAACAAAGUUUGAUGUAAUUGGUACUGCCAAUUUGGAUGUGCAUUAUCCUGUGGAACAGUACUGCUCGUAUAUACUUACAAUCCCUUGGCUUACUUUGCGCUUACCUGCUGUUUUUAUACCUGCUCUGAAGCACAAAUCUAUUCUGUCUACAUGCUUACAGACUCUAUUGAUUUUGAGAGAGAAUAUCUUGACAGAGGUGUCAAUGAUAAACUCUUUGGAAGCUAAUGACUCUUCUGAGGUGAUUCCUCCUGUUGGUUGGGCUCUUGCAAACAUUAUCUACCUAGCUGCAGGGAAUGAGAAUGAUUUUGUGGAUCCUGGAGGACUCAAUCAGGGUCUCGACUAUGCUUUAUAUGUUCGUGUUGUGGUUGCCCUUGCUGAGAACAUGGUGGAUUUGCUUGACAGUGUUGGAUUGACCACAACGGAGAGUCAAGAUCUUACAGGUGAUGCUGAAACUUCUGCGAGUAAAGUUUUGAAUGGGAUUGAGACAGCACAAGGAUCUUUAAAGAUUUUGUAUAUGGAUCUGCUGAAGCCUGUUUCUCAGCAGUGGCAUCUUACGAAACUGUUGGCAAUCUCAAAAAAAGAUACCAGUAUUAGCGGGGAUGUGGUGCUCCCACCAAACGGUUCAGAAUAUUUUUGGAAGUUGGAGCUAAUUGAUAUUGCAUACUUUUAUUCUCACAUGCUUGGGAUAUUUUCAGUUCUGAAUCCUACAGCUGGUUCAUUGACUGUGCUUAACAUGCUAUCUUUUACUCCUGGAUAUCUUCUAACACUAUGGCAAACAUUGGAAGGUUUACUUUUCCCUGAAAAAGGGAGCAUUUCUCCAGAUGACAAAGUUUGCAGGAGUAAGACUUCACAGAACAAGAAAGAUGAUAUCUUUGAGAGAAAUAAAAGGAAGGCCAGUAAGUGGGCAAAUGUGCUAAAUAGAAUUACUGGAAAGUCCCAAGCAGGGAUUGAUGAUACAGAUUUUGGUGGUGAUCAUCAUAGGGCUAACCAGGUUGAUGAGGAUUCUUAUGGCGUGUGGGAUAUUGAACCACUGAGAUGCGGUCCACAAGGUAUUUCAAAAGAUCUGGCAUGUCUACUUCAUCUGUUUUCUGCAACUUAUUCACACUUGCUGCUAGUUCUUGAUGACAUAGAGUUCUAUGAAAAGCAGGUGCCAUUCAUGCUGGAGCAACAACGAAGAAUUGCCUCAGUGCUCAAUACACUAGUUUAUAAUAGCUUGUCCCAUGGUCUGGUGGGUCAAAAGCACAGAGCUCUCAUGGAUUCUGCCAUCAGAUGCUUGCAUUUAAUGUAUGAAAGGGAUUGCAGGCACCAGUUUUGCCCUCCUGUUUUGUGGGUUUCACCUGCUAGAAGGAGUCGACCACCAAUUGCAGUGGCUGCUAGAGCUCAUGGAGUUUUGUCAGCUAGUGCAAGAUCAGAAGAUGUUUCAACUGUUCCAAGCAUGGGUUCUGUCAUCACCAUUACUCCACACGUGUUUCCCUUUGAAGAAAGAGUUCAGAUGUUUAGAGAAUUUAUCAAUAUAGAUAAAGUUUCUCGAAAAAUGGCUGGUGAAGUUAGUGGACCCGGCUCACGAGCAGUUGAGAUUGUAGUUCGUCGGGGUCAUAUAGUUGAAGACGGAUUUCGACAAUUGAAUUCCCUUGGAUCAAAGCUGAAGUCGUCCAUUCAUGUUUCAUUUGUUAGUGAAUGUGGCCUUCCGGAGGCUGGCUUGGACUACGGUGGAUUAUCCAAGGAAUUUUUAACUGAUUUAUCAAAAGCAGCUUUUGCUCCUGAGUAUGGGAUAUUCUCCCAAACAUCAACUUCAGACGGUCUUCUAAUCCCAAAUGCAGCUGCUAAAUAUCUAGAGAAUGGAAUGCAGAUGAUUGAAUUCCUUGGAAGAAUUGUUGGGAAAGCUCUCUAUGAAGGAAUUUUACUAGAUUACUCUUUCUCUCAUGUUUUUGUACAAAAGAUUUUGGGCCGAUAUAGCUUUCUUGAUGAGUUAUCCACUCUUGAUCCGGAGCUCUACAGGAAUCUCUUAUAUGUGAAGCAAUAUGAGGAUGAUGUCAAGGAUCUGUCUCUCGACUUUACGGUUACAGAAGAGUCAUUUGGUAAACGCCAUGUUAUUGAGCUUAAACCUGGAGGCAAGGAUGCUUGUGUGACGAAUGAGAACAAGAUGCAGUACAUUCAUGCAAUGGCUGAUUAUAAACUAAAUCGACAGAUUUUACCCUUUUCAAAUGCAUUUAACGGAGGGUUAACAGAUCUUAUAUCACCAUCUUGGUUGAGGUUAUUUAAUGCAAGUGAGUUCAAUCAGUUGCUUUCAGGUGGAGAUCAUGACAUAGAUGUUGAUGAUUUGAGAAGUAAUGCGCAGUAUUCUGGUGGCUAUUCUGAAGGGAGUCGGACGAUUAAACUUUUCUGGGAGAUCAUGAAUGGAUUUGAACCAAGAGAACGUUGUAUGCUCCUUAAAUUUGUGACCAGUUGUUCUCGAGCUCCAUUACUUGGUUUCAAAUACUUGCAGCCAUCUUUUACUAUUCACAAGGUCACUUGUGAUACACCUCUAUGGGCAGCACUUGGAGGACAAGAUGUGGAGCGGCUUCCAUCAGCUUCUACAUGCUACAACACUCUCAAGCUUCCAUCUUACAAACGUGCCAGCACUUUGAGGGCAAAACUUCUUUAUGCGAUCAGUUCCAACACAGGAUUUGAACUUUCUUAGGGAUUUCUCAUUGAUCACUGCUGGAGUUGUAUAACUUCAGGAGAUGAGGGAGAAUCCCUGUUCAAGUAUAUCGCCAGCCAAAACUCUAUUAGCAUCUUCAGAGGGAUGGAAUCCAUCCCAGAACACAUAGGCUGUGGCAUUGGAGCAUGUCCCCAGAGACCUGGUAUUACAUAGCACGGCGGUUUCAAAUGUCCCUGUUCCACAGCAAGCCCUUCUUGACUCAAAAAAACCUGAGACGAAAGAAAAUUAAAUUAUUGGAGUGAUGUGUGCAUAUGAUGAUGUGUAGUUUGAGUGUGUGACAAUCCUGCACGUAAUGACAAACAUGCAACUUUUCUACUGUAUUUCAAAAAUUCAAUUAGAAAUAUUUUUCAAUUUGCAAGACUGGAAGGAGAUGAUUUUCUAGAGUUUGGCAGCUGUGAACUGUAAAGUGAUAGACGGCACUUUUAUUUGGGGCAAAGCAUGAAGGUCACAUAGUCCUCUUUGACAUGUAAAAUACAAUUCCAGCUUUGCUUGAAGCUAUACGAAUGAAAUAGUUUUUUAGCUCA